AUGUUCGAAGUUACAAGCGGGCAUAAGACCAUCAACAACGAGGAUGUGCAACAUAAUGGCGAAUUAUUGGAAGCGGAAGAGAAUCACAUGAAUGAUGACGUGAGCGAGUCGGACUGCUUUGAAUUGUACUAUUGGGAGAUUGAGCACACUGUAGCAUACGUCGAAGAAGGCCAGCAAGAUGACACAGCAUUGGAUAGUGACAUUGAGGAUGGCAACAGUGAUGGCGAGGCAAGUGUGGAUGAAGAAGCAGAUAGUUACCAGGUCAAGGCAAGUGCCGACCGCCUUCUCAAAGAAGCACCAAAGGAACACUACAACAAGACAACAUUCUUCACUCAGGUACAAGUUAAAUGGUACAAGCCUUUUUGCACUUUUUAUCCCACCAAGCCAAAGGCGACGAAAGAGAAGAAAAAGAAGACAAUUAUUGAAGAGGAUGAGUAUGACAGCGGAAGGGUGGUGGACCGGGCCAUCGGACUGGCUCAAAAUUACAUUAACACGGCUGAAUGCUCCAUCACACCGGCACUCAAUGCCAAGAUGAAAGAAUACAAGAUUGCUGAUCAAUGGCGUCCACUAGAGCCUUUGAUGCGGUCUCAAGGUUGGGCAAGGCGACCCAUGAGCGGAGGACUGUACGGAAGGAACUACAUGAAUGAUAAAUUCAAAAAAAUUUGCUUUGUUCAAUUCAACCGUGGUAUUGUUAAUAAAGGGGAUAAACAGAGCCCAACCCAGACUCUCGCACUGAUGAAGGAAGAGCAUCAGGGCUUUUAUUGUUAUCCUGGACUUCAUGAAAUUGUUUGGAUGUUUUCCAGUUUGGUGCAGCAAUCAAAACAAAACGGCCACAAGAUCAUCUCAUUCCAGAAGAUCUCAGAACCAUUGGUUCCUCCAGAGAUCAAAGCGGAGUUGCAAUUGAUGCUUGAUGAAAAUCCUGAUUGGACCCCAGUACCAUUGCUAAAUGAAUGGAAAGAGAGAUUUUCAGGUAACAGAGAAUAUGAUGAAGAAAAGGUGAAAAAACAAGCCACAUGUCUACGAGCAAAGCUGAUGAUUGAUUUGAAAAGGUGA